AUGUUGAAUGGUGGAGGACAGUUCUCAUGUAUCUAUAGCAAUGAGCACUUUAUAGUGCUGCUCACAACAUUGAUUUUUGUCGCAAUAUACUCCGUUCCUGGGGUGCGUUCUCAGGCCUACAUUAGACGUACUACCAGCGUUUGUAGAAUCGAUUCGGAAUGUCCUAUCAACUCAUACUGCGAACACUACAAUCCUCCAACGACUUUCGGUGUUUGUUCUUGUCUUCAGGGCUAUUUUAUAUUAACACUCAACUACACACGAGAGUGUUCCCGAUUUGCAACGGCCAUAGGUGAUUAUUGUCAGCAUGAUGACCAGUGCCAAUACCUGCUUAGUACAGAUUCUGAGUGCCGCGAAAACUCCUGCCAAUGUCGAGAAGGAACUCACUAUGUUGAGCGGGAACGACGGUGCUACAAAACCAGUUACCUUGGUCAAUAUUGUCGACUGACAAACAACUGCAUCGGAGAUUACAUGUACUGUCGGGACGGAGUAUGUGUGUGCUCAGUUGGUAAACACCCUAAUGCAGGACGUAACCUAUGCCUUCCAGACGUCCAUUUGAAUGAAAAGUGCUUUCGGGAUGAAGAAUGUAUUACGGAAAAUUCUCGAUGUAGCAGCGUUUGUCGAUGCAAAGUUAGUUAUAUCUUGAAUCAAAAACAGAAUCAAUGUCUUCCAAUUGCCAGAAAGCUACACGAUGUAUGCGAAGAAGAUCUUCAAUGUCUAUACAAUAUACCAUAUUCCCGCUGCCAGAUCACGACGGAAAGUAUUGAAAGUAUAGGCAAAUGCAUGUGCACCAACGGUUAUCACGAGAUUGAUUAUAAAUGCUAUAACUCGGCCUAUCCUAACGGCGUUUGCGAAACUGAUGAAAAUUGCGCCAUCACUCCAGACACAUUAUGUAUCGAUAAUCGAUGUCGGUGCAUGGAUCACAUGAUGGAAAUUGAUGGUCAAUGCUCGACGGGCUACCGGAACCUGUUCCACACAUUCCAAAUAUUUAUAAUAGUUAUAAUUGAUUUGAUCUUGUUAUUUUAG